UAGGUACAACACCUGAAGAUUAUAUGGAUGUUACAUAAUUUACAUAUAAACGUGUUUGUUGAUAAAAGAUGUGUUUACGUACGGUUAUAUACCGUCGAAUAUGCCAAUCUAUUUAAUUUUUCACGAAGCAGUCAUUCUGGAUUCCCGAUAAACCGAAGGUUACAAAUGUGUAAAAACCAAGGAUGAGAUUGAAACUAUCUUAGUUAGCCGAAGAGAUCCCGCAAUGUUGUAACAUGUGCUGUUUUCAGUUUAGUGUUGUUAGAGUGUUGUGGUUUUUCAGCGAACUAGCGUUUUUCGGUGUUUUCAGUUACGUAACAGAACCUCAACUACGAGAUCUCAGUAAUGGCCAUACUAUAAUAGGACAAGAUAUACAGUUGGAAUGUACGGUAACCUGCGACAAACCCAACGUUUUGAUAGAGUGGAGGGCACCUCUAAACCUGCAUUUAAAGAAGGAGCGUAUAAAUAUUACCAAAGAUGAAACAUAUGAUUCACAUGUGUACGUCACAAGAAGUCUUUACGUCAUUAGUAAAUCUGUUAUUGAAGACAAUUCGAUCUAUUACUGCAGAGCGUCAGAUCCAGAAAACCCCUUUAACACAAAAUAUACAUACAUAUGGGCACCAGCUUAUCGCGCAGAUGAACACAUAAUUCAGUUUAACAACAAUCAAAUAUUUUUCAACAAAACAAACACUGAACUAGAAGUACAUAUCAGAGCUCAUCCAGAAGCUACGUUCUAUUGGAUCAACAAAGAAAACGAAACUAUUACUCCAUCGUCAGAAAAAUUCAAAGUCCUGACAACACUGUCUAAUGGAGCUACAAAUUACAAAUCCGUUCUAAAAUUCAACAAUAUUUCUAAUGACGAUUUUGGAAAUUACACGAUUGUCGGUAGAAACGAGUACGGCAACAGAACAUUCCCAAUUUUGGUAAACUUAACCGGACCACCAUCAACAAGUGUUACAGUCAAAAAAGACGGUGACCACUACGUAUUUAAGUGUCUGUCUACGGGUUUUCCCAAGCCACUUAUUAGCUGGAAAUUUGAAAAGUGCAAUAGCUUAUCUUGUUUUGAAGAAAAUGAGGAGACAUAUCUAAGAAAUGGUACUGAAAUCAAGGAAUUCCGGUCUGAAGAUAACGGUUUACAAACGAUUUCAUACAUUAAGAUUAACAAAUCUAGUAUAGGUACGGUUAAAGCAACUGGAAUAAACCAAUUUGGCUAUAACAAUGCACUGCAACACAUUUACAAGGUCAAGAGUGGAUUUGAAGUUUAUGUCCGAAACACGUUAGUAGAUCAAAACGAAAUAACAGUAGAAAUGUUAUUCAAAGAGAAUCUUGAAAUUAUGUGUGGAGUUUCUCUGGAAGAAUACUACCAUGAGAUAAAAUGGUUUCGUGAAGGAAGAAAUAUGUCACUGAACGAUAUUCGAGUUCCCAUUAGAGGUUUUGACGAAUAUAGUAUAAAGGAUAUUAAUGCUAUACAUAGCAGCGUAUCUAUAAUUAAAUUUAACAUAGAUCCAACGGAUACUGGAAAAUAUUUUUGUAAGGCUUUAACAAGAGAUGGAAAAACUGUAACAAAAGUUAUCACAGUGAUAGGAAGAGAAACGCCUGAUCUGAGAGUAGCCAGUAAUAUGCGGAAUAAAACUAUGUUAGCCAAAUUUGGAAAAUCGGCCAAAUUUUACUGUAACUCUAACGGAUAUCCAACACCCUCUAUUCAGUGGUUCAAGAACAAUGCUUCGCUCACAAAUUCGGCUAAAAUUCAAAUUUUAGACAAAAAUCAAACUCUUAUGAUCGAUGAUGUUGGCCCGAAUGACAACGGAACAUAUAGUUGUAAUGUUUCGAACAGGUUUCAACAAACAACACAGUUUGCUACCCUGGGAGCUAUUGAAAACGACUUUGACUGGUUAUUGGUAGUCAUAAUUGUUCUUGCAAUUGUGCUGAUAGCGAUAACAAUUAUCAUGGUACUUAAGAUACGCAAAGAAAAUAGGAUCAAAGAGGAACUGAAACUGGCUGGAUUAUCUAACUUUGAAGCAGGAGCUGUUGAGUAUAUAAACCCGAAACUGAGAAUUGAGAACCAAGGAGAAUUACUUCCUUAUGAUAAAAAAUGGGAAAUUCCGUUAGAAAAUCUCACAUUAGGAAAAGAACUUGGCUCAGGAGCUUUUGGCGUUGUUGUCAAAGCUGAACUUUCUGGUUUACCUACUAAAGAGAGUAGGAGUACUGUUGCUGUUAAAACGGUUAAUAAAUUUGCUGGAUACGAAUGUAUCAGGGCGUUGGUGUCAGAACUAAAGAUUAUGGUGCAUUUAGGAAAGCAUGUCAAUAUUGUUAAUUUAGUAGGUGCCUGCACCAAGGAUGUUAUGAAAAAAAAACUGCUUGUGGUCGUUGAAUUUUGUCCUUUUGGCAAUCUCCAAGAAUAUAUUCUACAAAAUAGUAAUCGAUUCAUUGAUCAGAGAAGGGAAGACAGAGAUGGAUUUGAUUGGACUAUUGAUCCUAAAGCAUCUAAAAAAGAAAAAAGUACAACUAACUUACAGUAUACAACGGUAUGUUUCACGAGUGAUUCUUCUAAGUCAGGUUCUGAAGAUUUAUCCGGAAAUGUGGAGGAGGAAAAGGUGGAAUAUAUGUGUAGCCAAGAUUUCCUGGUGUGGGCAUUGCAGAUUUCUAAAGGAAUGGAAUAUCUAGCCUCACGUAACAUUCUUCAUGGAGAUUUGGCAGCCAGAAAUGUACUUUUAUCCGAAAAUAACGUGGUAAAAAUUUCCGAUUUUGGUUUGGCCAGAAACAUGUACAAGAGUGGUAUAUAUCAGAAAAAAGAACAAGGUCCUUUACCAGUCAAAUGGAUGGCGGUGGAAUCUAUAGGAGAAAAUAUUUUCUCGAGUCAAUCAGACGUUUGGUCUUUUGGCGUUGUAUUGUGGGAAUUCUUUUCAUUAGCCAAGACUCCGUACCCUGGAAUGCCAGUAGAUCAAAAUUUCUACAAUAAGCUUUUCAGUGGGUAUAGAAUGGAAAUGCCAUAUUUUGCCACAACACAAAUAUAUGAAAUGAUGCUGGAAUGUUGGAAUGUAAUUCCGACUAAAAGACCAACGUUUAGUGAACUAGCAAAAUGGAUAGGAGUUUUGCUUGAAGAUUCAGUGACAGAACACUAUCUGAGCAUCAAUGGUUCGUACAUCUUGGUCAACGGUAAUCAGUCUGAAGUUGAUCAAACCGAUUAUCUUUCUAUGAUGAGUUCACCAAGUAUUGAGUUUCCUCAUUAUUUGAGCAACAUAAAUUACUUCCAUACAUAUCAAAACAAUACGAACAGUGUUACUGACAAGACUGAAAAUAAGGCUUAUGACAAUAAUGCUUACGUCGGGUAAUUUUUGAGUCACUUGGAAAACAAAUUGUGAGACUGUUAAUUGUUAAUAAUAAAUGUUACAGAUGAAGUGUAAUGCUUUUGUAAAAAAAUAAUAUAUGUAAGACACGUUUGUUUUUGAAAA